UAAGAUCAACUAGCCAAAAAUAUUGUUGCAAAUUGUUACAUUGUAAAUAUAUUUGUGAUACAAAUUUAUUUGACUAAAAUUAUUGCAUACGCUUUAUUGUUAUUUUAAUUUUUAAUUCGUACCAUGAUUAAUAUACCGAAACCUUUGCUUUAUGUAAGCGCUUUUAGUACGGUUAUUGGAGGCGCAUAUAUUUUUAAAGAAACAGUUACUGGAAAAUCUUAUAAAAUUAAAACGUCAGCAGCCAAAAAAGUUAUUAUUAUUACAGGAGCUAAUACAGGUCUUGGAAAAGAAGCAGCUCGUUUGUUUGCUAUUAAAAAUGCUACAGUAAUAAUGGCUUGUCGAGAUAUGGAAAAGUGUGAAAAGAGUCGAGUGGAAUUAGUUCUUCAGUCAAGAAACAAACGUUUAUACUGCAGAAAAUGUGAUUUAUCUUCUCAAGAAUCUAUUAGAGAAUUUGCUAAUAAUUUUAAAAAAGAAUUUGAUCAUUUGGAUGCUUUAAUUAACAAUGCUGGAGUGAUGAGAUGUAAACAAUCGAUAACAAAAGAUGGCAUUGAAACCCAUUUGGGCGUAAAUUACAUAGGACAUUUUUUGUUAACCCAUUUAUUGUUAGACUGCUUGAAAAAAAGUGCCCCAAGUCGCAUAGUUAAUGUGACUACAAUUCAACAUAAAAAUAGUGCAAUUAAUAAAGAUGAUUUUAAUAUGACUAAGACAUAUAAUGAGGAAGCGGCUUACAAUCAGAGUAAAUUAGCCAUACUAAUGUAUACUACUAAAUUAGCUGAAAUCUUGAAAGAUUCUGGAGUUACUGUAAAUGCUGUCUAUCCUGGUGUUUGUACUACUGAUCUUUCGAGACAUUUGCCUUACUAUACAAGUGUAUCAAGAUACUUUGUAAAACCUAUGGCAUGGUUAUUUUUAAAAUCAGCUUCAAAAGGAGCACAAACAUUAAUUCACGCAGCGAUAGAGCCUCAAUUAGAAAAUGUUACGGGACAAUUUUUAAGUAACUUUGAACAAAUACCUAUGCCAGUUCAAGUGAAAGAUCAAAAAAAUAUAGAAUGGUUGUGGAAAGUAAGUGAAAAGUGGACAAGAAUCAAUGUAAAAAAGUAAUGAAAUUUUAAAGUUUUAUUAAUUAAUUUUUGUAACAUGUUUUUAAUUUCAUUAAUUGAAAAACUCGCAGUAACACUAAUAGAAAUGACAUUUAUAUAUUAAAUAUGAUUUUUUUUA